CCAAAUCGGCGUCCUGUCAAAACUGUCAAACGAUAGAAAGCGCCGUCAUAAACUUGAAAACUGUUAAUUGUUAUUGUUUUAUACUCACUUUCACUAUAAACCGUCGGUUUUCUCAUUGUUUGUUCUUCAAUAAACGUGUGGUGAAUAUUUCAGGGACUGGUGAUUUGAAGAUACUAUGAAGUUUAAGUUCUGCUCGGAAGGCGACUGCCCGCUGUGGGCGCUGGCAGCGCUGCACGCGCUGUCCAGCUUGCCAGCGGCUUUGUUCCGCACGCUGCUGCAGCAUGUCAUGGAGGAACAGCCGGACGAUGGCAUCAUGGAGAUUCUGAAAGAUACAAGUUUAUCCUCUCGCGACGAAUGCGCGCGCGCCGCUGCCGUCAUCCGCUGGGUGGUAGCACAGACCUGUGCCUGCGCGUGCACGGGUGCGCAACUUAUGCGCGAUCUCCUCGUGUUGGGAGUGCCAAGGAGUCAUGCCAGUGCUCUAGCUGACGCUGUGGAUAACUAUAGGCCGGAACAUGCGGCUCAUGUGCAGGCUAAUGGGUUUAUGAUAAACAAACUGACUGACGUGUCAGUGGCCCCAGGACCUGAAGGUACAGUGGACACCUUCACCCUGACGAUGCACAGCGACGACGUAUUCACCGGAGAACAGAAGAAGAAAGAACUCCUCAUUGAGAAGAGUCAGGCACAAACCCUUCUGGAUGAACUCAAGAAGGCCUAUAAGAAGAUGGAAGAAAUUGAGGAAUAGGGCCUGAAUGUUGGUAUGAUUUUUUUUCUACCAUGUGUUGAUGUGGACGCGAAAUUAAUGUUGGAUGCCAAACAAAUUAUAAUGCCAUAAAAUAUCUACUUUAUUAUUUUAUAUAGUGGUUUAGUAAAAAUCCUAGUUUUAUAUUAUACAAUGCCUUGCUUUGUAUUUUAAUGAGCUCUGCUCUUUACUUUUUAACAUUCCAUGUUUAAGGCUUCUCGUAUUGUAUUUUCUUAUAAAUUAUCGUUUUACGGUAAGUAACUAUAGUUUCAAAUGUAAGAUACCUAUGUACGAAACUCGUAUUUUAAAAUAUAUUCCUAAUGAAUA